UUCUCGUAGCGAACGCGCCGAUCGCAUCUACAAAAAUAUAUAAAUCCUAAAUAAAAACAGUUGUGUUCCCCCCGCUCGCUCACUCGCUCGUUACGCUCGUCGCUCUUUCUGUGUGUGUGUACCUAGUGUUUGUUUCUUUUUGAUAUUCAGAGCAUAAUCGUUCGCUCGCUUAGAUUGAAAACUUCUUGUUGACCUUUGCUUAGUCACAGAGUUCAAAGCAAUUAUGAGGGAAAUUGUGCACUUGCAGGCGGGCCAAUGUGGCAAUCAAAUUGGUUCAAAGUUCUGGGAAAUCAUAUCCGACGAGCACGGCAUCGAUCCCAAUGGCUAUUAUCAUGGCGAGUCGGACUUGCAGCACGAGCGCAUCGACGUCUACUACAAUGAGGCGAGCAGCGGCAAGUAUGUGCCACGCGCCAUACUCAUCGACCUGGAGCCCGGCACCAUGGACUCGGUGCGUCAAUCGCCCAUGGGUCAGCUCUUCAGACCCGACAACUUUGUCUUUGGACAAUCGGGCGCGGGCAACAACUGGGCCAAGGGACACUAUACAGAAGGCGCGGAGCUCAUCGAUUCGGUGCUCGAAGUGCUGCGCAAAGAGUCCGAGGGCUGCGAUUGUCUGCAGGGCUUUCAACUGGCGCACUCACUGGGCGGCGGCACUGGCUCCGGCCUGGGCACGCUACUCAUAUCGAAAAUACGCGAGGAGUAUCCAGAUCGCAUUAUGAACUCAUUCUCAGUGGUGCCCUCACCCAAGGUGUCCGAUACGGUUGUGGAGCCGUAUAAUGCAACGCUGUCCAUACAUCAGCUGGUGGAGAACACUGAUGAGACCUUUUGCAUUGACAAUGAGGCGCUCUAUGAUAUUUGCUUCCGCACGCUGAAGCUAUCGUCGCCCACCUAUGGUGACUUGAAUCAUUUGGUUUCCGUAACCAUGUCUGGCGUUACCACCUGCCUGCGUUUCCCUGGCCAGCUUAAUGCUGAUCUUCGCAAGCUUGCGGUCAAUAUGGUGCCCUUCCCGCGCCUGCACUUCUUCAUGCCCGGAUUUGCUCCACUUACGGCCAAGGGAUCGCAGCAAUAUCGCGCGCUCACCGUUGCCGAGUUGACGCAACAAAUGUUCGAUGCCAAGAACAUGAUGACCGCUUGUGAUCCACGACAUGGCCGCUACCUGACCGUCGCCUGCAUCUUCCGUGGACCCAUGUCCAUGAAGGAGGUGGACACACAAAUGCUGAAUGUGCAAAGCAAAAACAGCAGCUACUUUGUUGAAUGGAUACCCAACAAUGUGAAGGUCGCCGUUUGUGACAUUCCGCCGCGUGGGCUCAAGAUGUCCGCCACAUUCAUUGGCAACUCUACGGCUAUACAGGAGAUAUUCAAGCGCAUCUCCGAGCAGUUUACGGCUAUGUUCAGGCGCAAGGCUUUCCUGCAUUGGUACACUGGCGAGGGCAUGGAUGAAAUGGAGUUCACAGAGGCAGAGAGCAACAUGAACGAUCUGAUAUCCGAGUAUCAACAGUACCAGGAGGCUACAGCUGAUGAUGAGGUGGAGUUUGAUGACGAGCAGGCCGAGCAUGAAGGCUAUGAGGUGGAAACUCUACAGAACGGCGACACUUAGUCGAUAUUAUAGCUAAACUUGCAUCCUGUAUGAUUAUUUUAGACAAUAACAUGCAUACAUCUAGUAAGAGAUCAAGUAAAGACAAAUAAAAUACAAUACAAUAUUUA